GGGGCUGCGGGACCGGCCCGAACUUUCCAGAAGAGUCGGGAGCGGCGCCGCCAAGUGCGGGAUCUCCGCCAGCAGCCCCGGUCGCCCCCCGCCGCCCCCCGCCGCCGCCAUGGUGAAGGAGACCACCUACUACGACGUGCUGGGCGUGAAGCCCAACGCGUCCGCCGAGGAGCUGAAGAAGGCCUACCGCAAGCUCGCGCUCAAGUACCACCCGGACAAGAACCCCAAUGAGGGCGAGAAGUUCAAGCAGAUCUCCCAAGCCUACGAGGUGCUGUCGGACCCGAAGAAGAGGGAACUGUAUGACAAAGGAGGCGAGCAGGCCAUCAAGGAGGGCGGCUCCGGGGGCGGCUUCGGGUCCCCCAUGGACAUAUUCGAUAUGUUCUUCGGCGGCGGAGGGAGGAUGCAGCGAGAGAGACGAGGUAAAAACGUGGUCCACCAGCUGUCAGUAAGUUUAGAAGAUAUGUACAAUGGUGCGAUGAGGAAACUUGCACUGCAGAAAAACGUUAUCUGUGACAAAUGUGAAGGUCGUGGUGGCAAGAAGGGGGCAGUAGAAUGCUGCCCUAAUUGCAGGGGAUCAGGCAUGCAGAUCAGAAUUCACCAGAUCGGGCCAGGAAUGGUGCAGCAAAUCCAGUCUGUGUGCAUGGAGUGUCAGGGGCACGGAGAGCGUAUCAGCCCCAAGGACCGGUGUAAGAGCUGCAAUGGCAGGAAAAUUGUUAGAGAGAAGAAGAUCCUAGAAGUGCACAUUGACAAAGGAAUGAAGGAUGGUCAGAAAAUAACAUUCCAUGGUGAAGGGGACCAAGAGCCAGGUCUGGAGCCAGGGGAUAUUAUUAUUGUACUGGAUCAAAAAGACCACUCUGUAUUUACAAGACGAGAUGAAGAUCUUCUUCUGGCUAUGGAUAUUCAACUGGUGGAAGCACUCUGUGGCUUUCAAAAGCCUAUCACAACGCUGGAUAACAGAACUAUCAUUAUUACCUCCCAUCCUGGCCAGGUAGUUGAGCAUGGGGCUAUUAAGUGUGUGUUGAAUGAAGGUAUGCCAAUUUAUCGCAGACCAUACGAAAAAGGACGUCUGAUCAUAGAAUUCAGGGUCAACUUCCCAGAGAGUGGCUUCCUCUCCUCAGAUAAGCUGUCUUUACUCGAAAAACUGCUACCUACAAGGCAGGAAAUAGAAGAAACCGAGGAAAUGGAACAGGUGGAUUUAGUGGACUUUGAUCCAUCUCAAAAGAGGAAACACCACUAUAAUGGAGAAGUGUAUGAAGAUGAUGAGCAUCAGCCUAAAGGUGGUGUUCAGUGCCAGACAUCGUAAAUGGGCCAGUGAAUAACUUGUGAUGCUUGUUUUGUAUGCAGUAGUGGAUGAGUGAAGGACUACAGACAGUUCACCCUCACCUCCUGCUAUAUGUUGUUCUAUCCAGCCAUAGUUAUUUCUAAAAGCAUAAAGGAAUAAACGAAAUAAUUAAACUGACUUUGCAAUUUGUAUAAAGCUCCAGGAUGCAAGCUCCAAUGAAGUUGAUUGCACUUCACUCCUGACUCUUGGUCCAGAAAACUCCCUUACCUGCUUGUCUUUUCUUCCAAACCUUGUAAUUCCUGUAUGUGUGCAAUUGCCCAGGCUUAAACUUUAAGAUUCUGUGGUGUGCUUUUUAGGAAUUUUAGAUCUUAUACUCUGUGAAUAAAGUAUGCACAAGUACUUACAACCCAUGGUAA